AUGAAAUCUGUCUCAACACCCCGAAAGCGAGCAAAGCAUAUAGAUAAUGAAGAAUAUAAGCCAAGCAAAAGCGAAAUCAUCGAAGCUAAUGAGCAUGAGCAAGAAGAAAUAGCUAACGACAAUCACGUAUCUUCUGAAGAAAUUUAUCGUUAUUUGAGGAAAAACGUUGGAGAUAUGAACUCGCUCAAAGGAUUACGAAAACUUGUUAUUGAAAGCUCUUGUUCAAGAAGACUGAUAAAUAGUGUUAUUUCUUACAUUUUUGACUUAACAGAAAAAAAUCCAUCUGCAGUCGAAUGAGGCAAAAAAGCUGUAGUCCUUGCAACUUCAGAAGUACUAGAGCCUAAAAAGAGGAUUAGAGAAGCCUUUUUCUUUCCAAGCACAGAAUCUGAACAAAGGCUGAUCAAAUACCUUAAUAAAGCUAAGACCAAGAUGCUUGUUUCAGUAUUUACUAUAACUAACGACAAUUUGUCUAAUGCACUGAGAAAUGCUAGGCGAAGAGGUGUAAACGUUAUGAUCAUUUCUGAUGAUGAAUGCAUGAAAAUGAAUGGAUCUGAUAUUAGAGCUUUAUAUGAAGAAGGAUUUUCUGUUAGAGUCGAUUUGAACCCUUUUGCACAUAUGCAUAAUAAAUUUGUAGUAAUUGAUGACUAUUUAUUGAUUACUGGAAGCUUUAAUUGAACAAAACAAGCUGUACAGAAAAAUCAAGAAAAUUUAGUUGUGGUAGAUGAUAGUAUUCUUGCCCAUUUAUAUACUGAUGAGUUUUUCAAACUUUGAGAAAAGUUUGAGCCAAGUGAAGAAAAAUAUUUUAAGAAAAAAAUAGCUCAGAAUAUUGUUUAUAAAGAGAGUAUUGAGAAUUAUGAAGAAAAAAUUGAGAGUCUGCCAGAACAGGAGAGUUAUGAUUAUAAUUUAAAUAAUAAAUCCCCAGCAUAUGAACUUGGAAUGCUACAAGAAAUACAAGAUCAGGCACAGAAAGAGGAAGAAAUUUUUGAGGUAAAAGAAACUCAAAACUCACAAAUAUAUGAAAAGGGAUUAAAAGAAAAUGUAUCACCGAGUGAGUCUGAAGUAAUUCAAGAAAGUAAAUGUGUAGUGUUUUAA